AUGGAUUCGAAAACGGCAACAGAGAAGGACCUUGAAGCAACGGUCAGCAGCGACCAGGUCGGCGAAAGCCAUAUCUCUGACCAGAAUGGCCAGCUUCAACGGUCUCUCAAAGAACGCCAUAUCCAGUUCAUAGCGCUGGGCGGCACCAUCGGGACCGGUCUCUUCUUGGGAAUUGGGAGUGCCUUGGCCACAUCUGGACCGUUGUCUCUCUGGUUGGGAUACUGCUUCACCUCAGUGGCCAUCUGGUGCAUGAUGCAAUGCCUGGGCGAAAUGGCCUCCUUGCUCCCUCUGCCUGGUAUGGUUGCACAGCUGGGGUCUCGAUUCGUCGACCCUGCUUUUGGAUUUGCCAUUGGGUGGAAUCAGUGGUACAACUCUGCCAUCGCCAUCAGCGCCGAGACUUCUGCUGCCGUGGUACUCAUUCAAUUCUGGACGGAUAUCAAUCCUGCUGCUUGGAUCACGGUCAUUCUGGUCAUUCUCAUCAUUCUCAAUGUCAUCACCGUCGGCGUGUAUGGCGAGGCGGAGUUCCUUUUUGCCAUGAUUAAGAUUCUCACCAUCAUUGGCCUCUUGAUCAUGGCACUCUGCAUCGACUUGGGCGGCGGGCCGUCUCACGACCGACUGGGCUUUCGAUACUGGAAGACACCGGGACCCAUGAACGAGUACAUUGCCGAUGGCUCGACCGGCCGCUUUCUUGGACUUUUCAACACUCUGAUCAAUGCUGCCUUCGCAUUCGGCGGCGUCGAGCAGGUCGCCGUCGCCGCGGGCGAGACGAAAAGCCCGGCGCGUAACAUUCCCAAGGCCAUUCGCCGUGUUUUCUGGCGUCUUCUGAUUUUCUACUGUCUGGGGUCGUUCGCAGUCGGGCUACUUGUCCCGUCCGACAACACUAACCUUCUCAACGGGAGCGGUAUUGCACAGUCGCCGUGGGUCAUCGCCAUUCGAACCGCCGGCAUUCCCGUCCUGCCGCACAUCAUCAACGCCGUCCUCGUCACUUCCGCUUCGUCCGCGGCAAACGCCAACCUCUACACCGGUUCUCGAUAUCUCUAUGCACUGGCUGUCCAGGGUCAAGCUCCCAGGUUCCUCCUCCAGUGUACAAAGCGAGGCGUUCCCAUCUACUGUGUGGGCGUCACCGCGUCCAUUGGUCUUCUGGCAUACAUGAGCGUCUCAUCGGGCAGUGCGAACGUGUUCAAAUGGUUUUCGAGCCUGGUCUCGAUCGCGUAUUUGCUGACCUGGUUCUCCAUCUGCUUCGCCUACACCCGCUUCCGCCGAGCGUUGCUGCUACAGAAUAUCGAUCGCGACACUCUCCCAUUCAAGUCUCCCUUCCAACCCUACUUGGCUUGGGGCGGGGUGGCGUUCUUCGCCAUGGUUCUAAUCUUCAAUGGCUUUGCCGUCUUCACCCACGGAAACUGGGACACCCGCAACUUCGUCUCGGCAUACAUUGGGAUUCCACUAUUCGUUUCUCUCUAUCUUGGCUGGAAGCUGGCGAACAAGACAAAAACAGUGUCCAUCGAGGAUAUUGAUCUCUGGACUGGACGCGUGGAGGUGAUCGAGCAGGAUCACACCGCGGAGAGAGGCAUUCUUCAGAAAGUGGCCAGCAAGCUAUUUUGA